AUUCAGUCAGUCAGUCUCAGUACUCCGCAGCAUAAUGAUCGCAUUGCUAGCGGUUCUCACAGUGCUUCAAAUUUCAACAAUCCAACUAACGCUCGGCGUUCCAGUUUACAUCGACCCGGACACCGUGAUCAGGCCGGAAUACUUGCAACGCAAUAGCGUAGAAAAAAACGAUGCCCUUCCGCUGGACCCCAGACCAGCGCCGGAAGUUACGGACCAGGAAGCGGCGGCAUUCCUUGUAGAGUUGGGCUUCCUGAACCAGACUGCUGAUGAUGUUGUGACGCGGUUAGAUCAAGUCGGGGGUGAUCCGAGGAAGAUUGCGUUGGUGAGGUUUCAGAAAAAGUUCCAGCUGCCAGAAUCUGGGCAAUUGGACGACGAUACGAGACGGCUGAUUGCUGCUCCAAAGUGCGGAGUUUCCGAGCUGAACGCGGACUCGGAGAAGUGGACCAAGCCGGUGAUUACGUACAAGAUCAACAGUUUCCCGGCGAGCUUGGAGCCUGCGGAAGCAAGAAAGCUUAUCGGACAAGCGUUUGGUGAGUGGAGCAAGCACGCAAAUUUGGACAUCGUUGAGGUCAGCCAAGGUGACGCCGACAUCUUUGUGAGUGACGAGGCACCAGACCAUCGGGAUCGGAUGGGAUUUUCGUGUCGGUUUCUGAAGAGUACUACUGUGGCGCAUGCGUUCUUUCCGGAGAUUGGUGAUGUCCAUUACAAUAGUGCGAAGAGUUAUACCCCGGACGAGUUUCUGAGUGCCUCGAUGCACGAGAUUGGUCACUCGCUAGGGUUGGACCAUGUCAUGUCGCAGUCCUCGAUCAUGUUUCCUCUUCACAUUCGAUACCACUUGGAGAUCCCCGUUGAAGAUCAACGAGCCCUUCAAGCGCUGUAUGGAGUGCGACCAACCAUCAAGCAAUCUCCCAGAACUACAACUGUAUUACCAGUGGAAUCUACUCCACGACUCUGCUCGCUGGACAAGAUCGACACGAUCGUGAACGACGCUUCCGGAGAACCCUUCGUCCUGGCGGGUAACUAUUACUACGAUCUGAGUCAACAGAAUCCCGCCGGUCGUCGAAUUUCCACCAAAUGGCCACGACUUCCAGCGAAUAUCGAUGCAGCGUUCACGUACCGCGGUGGCCGCCAUACCUUCUUCUUCAAGGGAAGUCGCGUUUGGGUCUAUGCGGACGAUCAACUGGAAGCGGGAUAUCCGCGCGCGAUCGCCGGUGAACUUCCGGGUUUGCCCAACAACCUGGACGCGACGUACGUGACCAAAGCCGGUAGUAUCGUGGCGAUCCGGCGGAAUCAGUACUGGUUCUACAACCCAGCCAAACGACCCCAGGUGAGCGGCCACUUUCCGCGGUUGGUGUAUGACUUUCGGAACAUGCCGGUUAAUAUGGACGCGGCGUUGCAUCACACGGACAGGCAGUUUUAUUUCUUCAAGGGGCGCGAGUUUUAUCGGCUUAGUUUGACGAACUUUACGGUUGGGGAGCCCAGUCCGUUGGAGAGCAAGUGGUUCAAGUGUUGAUUUAGAAAUUUGUAAUUUUUAAUAGAAAUAAAUGACUGUAUUCUCUGAUCGCAGAACGAACUCCC